UUAACGGUGCGGGGAAAGUCGCUCCUCCGCCCGUGCCGGGCGCCUGGCAACCGGGGCGCCGCGCAUGUGGGACCGCCGGGGGCCGCCGCCCCCCCGCCGGGCCCCGCGCCCCCCUCCCCGCCCCGGACGAGGCGCUUAACGUGCCCAGGCGUGAAGUAUGGCAUGCAAAGAUGGUUUCUGCCAAGGAGCCAGCCAUCGCCAUGUCCUCGGGUCUCUCCAUCGCCCUCCUGCACUGCCUGUGCCUGGCGACGUGUCUCACCGGGCCGCCCGGGCAGAGCAAAAAAGAGGAGAAAUUGUGGCCGGAGAAUUUCACCAGUAUCCUGAACAGCCUCCUGGAUGGCUAUGACAACCGGCUGCGACCGGGAUUCGGGGGUCCUGUUACUGAAGUCAAAACAGAUAUAUAUGUCACCAGUUUUGGACCUGUUUCUGAUGUAGAAAUGGAAUAUACAAUGGAUGUCUUCUUUCGUCAAACAUGGAUAGAUAAAAGAUUAAAAUAUGAUGGCCCUAUUGAAAUUUUAAGACUUAACAACCUGAUGGUCUCGAAGGUGUGGACUCCUGACACUUUCUUCAGGAAUGGAAAAAAGUCUGUUGCACAUAAUAUGACAGCCCCAAAUAAACUCUUCAGAAUAAUGAGAAAUGGCACCAUCCUGUACACAAUGAGGCUUACAAUAAGUGCAGAGUGUCCCAUGAGAUUAGUGGAUUUUCCCAUGGAUGGUCAUGCUUGUCCUCUCAAAUUUGGGAGUUAUGCUUAUCCAAAGAGUGAAAUGAUUUAUACCUGGACAAAAGGACCUGAGAAGUCAGUGGAAGUUCCUGAGGAGUCUUCCAGUUUAGUUCAGUAUGACCUGCUUGGGCAUACGGUAUCCUCUGAAACUAUUAAAUCUAUUACAGGUGAAUAUAUUGUUAUGACAGUUUAUUUCCACCUCAGACGGAAAAUGGGUUAUUUCAUGAUUCAGACCUAUAUCCCAUGCAUUAUGACCGUGAUCCUCUCUCAAGUUUCGUUUUGGAUAAAUAAGGAAUCUGUUCCAGCUAGAACUGUUUUUGGAAUAACCACAGUGUUGACAAUGACGACACUGAGCAUCAGUGCAAGACAUUCACUGCCAAAAGUAUCCUAUGCUACUGCAAUGGACUGGUUCAUAGCGGUUUGCUUUGCCUUUGUGUUCUCUGCUCUUAUUGAGUUUGCUGCUGUCAAUUAUUUUACUAACAUUCAAAUGGAAAAAGCCAAAAGGAAGACAGUAAAGUCCCUUCUUGAAUUUCCAGUUGCUCCAGUACAAAGAAAAAGAAGUACAGAAGAGACACUCACGAGUACAGAUGCCAAUUCAAAUGUGAGGAAAAGAACGAAUGCCACAGUACAGUCCGAAGCUGACGGUGGGGGCCGAAUUGACACAAGGCACAGCUCCAUCCAGCCUCCCUCUGUAGCUCAGGGGUCUUCUGACAUUACAUCCCGCUCCUUUUCUGCAUCAAGUCCCAACCCCUUCACACGCAUCAAUGCAUCAGAGACAUUAUCUUCUGCAAGAGCUACCCCUCCGGCUCCUCCUUCUACCCCAAUUUUAACUGGAUUUGUAUCCCAGCAUGCCACAGCUGGUUCCCCUUCCAUUCAGCACUUGCUUGGAUCUAGACUGGAGCAGAUUCAGACCACCACACCUAAUACAUUAGGAGCAUCUGCAAAGCCAUCUGCUGUCACACCACCUGCUCCCCCCGCCUCUCACUCUGGCACGAGUAAGAUAGACAAAUAUGCACGCAUUUUAUUUCCUGUUACCUUUGGAGCAUUUAACAUGGUCUACUGGGUGGUGUAUCUAUCCAAGGAUACCAUGGAAAAAUCAGAAAGUCUAAUGUAGUUUUGCUGCUAUGUAGUAGUUCCUAAAUUAUACUCACAUUUGAUGCAUAGUUUCUUCUUUUGAAACUAUUUAAAAAGGUCAGUAAUUCUUAUUUAUAAAAGCUGUGUGCUACUUUCCCAUUGUAAAGGCUGGAGCUGUUGGGGAUAAUUAGUUAACUCUUACCAGAGUAAUGGGUAACAGUAAUGGGUCUUCCUCCCUUCAGCUAGCAAUGAACCAUCACUCCUUCAGACAAACUACUCUGGAUGUACAGAACUUGUCUUUGGGAGGAACAUGCACUGAAAAAAUCAGAGGCAGAGGUGCACAGCUGUGCAGUGGAACACAUCUGACUGCUAGGACUAUGCACGUUGGCUAUUACAAAUCCCUGAGGCACCCAGCACUGCUGUCUGAACACAGCAUUGCAUUCUCUGAGUGCGAGGUCCAUGUCCUGAAUAUUUUGACAGUGCUUGCUAGAAAAGGACUGUCCCUGCUAGAUUAAAAUUGGCAGAACAAGGGGAAGAAAAUGAGAAGUGGAAAAAGAAAAGAGAGUCCAGCCUGGGAAAGUGCAACUCUGGGAAAGUUAUGCAAAGGAGUUGUAGAGCUCCGUAUAUUUUUACUAAGCGUUAUUUUGCAUUGUAACUCACUCCAAAAUAAUAAUUGAACCUUGUAAAAUCUGAAAUCUGAUGUAAUUCUCAAAAUUGGAUUUUCUAGUUUGGUAAGGUGAUCUUAACUGUUUGAUUCUUCUUUGACCUUGCUGACCAGCCUGAGUGGAUUUAUUCCUAAAUUACAUCCAUUGUAGUAGAUGAGGACCAGAUCCGCAAUGUUCAACUUUUUAUUUGAAUUCUUUGUUUUUUCCUUGGAUGUUUUGGGGUUUGGUCUUUUUCUUUCCUUCUUCCCCCACCCGCCCCAGAUUUUUGAGUUACAUUCUUGAUUGCCUUUGAACACAUGUUCCGCCCCUACUUUAUGUAAUGUUUGUGUCAAGUUAAAUUUUCAACAUAGUUUUAAAAGUGUUCAAAAUUAAGCAAAAAAAAAAAAAAAAGUCCUGUGCUUUGAUGAGUGCAGCUAUGGCAUGUCACUGUGUGAAUGAAAGACACUCUUUUUGUGAAGGACUGCUGUGACAUAAAUAAGAAAAUAAAAUUUCUAGGUAGAGCCCAGGGAAAAUUUAUGAUCCAUUUGUUUAUUUUAAACGAUGGCAUUGAUAGGCACUUUUCUUAGCAUCUCAAUAUGCAAUAUGCAAGCUGGUGACUUUAUUAAAAAAUCAAAUAGUUAAAUCUGAUAGAAGUCUUGAUCAUAAAUGUUGUUUUCACUGGAACGGGUGGAAGAUACACUGCUAAUACAUAUAAAUAUGUUUGUACAGAUCCAUCUGGCUAGGCAAAUGGUUAGUGUUUCUGUGCAGAUGACAGGUGAAAAUCAGAGGCCAAAUUCUCAGUUGUGAUCUGGCUGUGUCUUUAAAGGGUCUGGACUAAACCUUAGCUUCGGUUGAUCGGAAUAGAAAGAUUGGUAGCCUGUGGUCAAAAUCAUAUGCUGCAGGGCAGCUCAGGUGAGUGUUGAGUGGUUCUGUACCCAGACAGUGAUCAAAGGACUGGUGGAGACCACAAGGAGGUGGGUUAAUUGAGAGCAUUCUGAGACUGCCCUAGACUAUGCUGGGAGAAGAGUCAGAAUAAAAAGAACCCAUAGUGCUGAAACUAUGGCUGUGCCCCUGUCUGUCUAUUAAACUAUGACUGUGCUUCUGACUCUCCAAGCCUUUUAGCCAUCUCAUGACUGAGAAUCUGACCUUUAACUUGUGGGACCUGGGAGGUGGCAAGGCUGCUCUUUCAUGCAUAACAUUGGACUGUAGAUGAUAGAAUGCAGAGGAUGUGGGAGUGUCUUACAUGACUUUAAUGUAGUGAUGAUAUAAACAAUUGCCUUAGUCUGUUUUUACUUAAGGGAUGCUCUCAAAAGGCCAGAUAUAGUCCUUUUUUUGUUUGUCUUUUACAUCUAGAAGAUGUCUGAGAUUACAGCACUCCUUGAAAAUCAUUACAUGCAACAUACCACAGAAUUGGAAAUGAAGCACCCAUGCAAGAUGUCUAACUGCAGUAAUUUGUAUCUUUGGAUGUAUUGCUAGUUGGUGUAGAUGCUUCCUCUCUGAUAAGGUCACAUUGUUACAGAUUGUAAGAAUGCAAGAGAUUGAUUAUUUAUUUUGUUAAAUCAGAAGAAACAAAGCUAAUCCUCUGGCAAUUAUUGAUUAUAAUUACACAAACGAUAAAAUAUUUCUAGCAUGAGGAACAAUGACUUUCUGUGUGGAGAACCCAGUGUGUGCAGCAGAAGUUACUGAAGUUACUCUUGGCUUUCCUCUGUGAUGAAAACCAAGAAUGUUUUUUCUCAGGCAGAGCUUUAAACAAUUCAUUAGAAACAGCUCUUUCUUCCUUCCACUCAUCCUGAUAUACUGAUUUAUAAUCAGCUUUUUCUAGUGCAUUGUUUGGUGGGAUCAGCACUGGUUGAGGCUAAGAUUGAUCUAAAUGUGUUACUUGAAUUCACUUGUAGUUUCAUUUUAAAGACUUAUAAGGAGGAAGAAGGAUUGCAAAAAUUAAUAGAUUACAAAUAUUUAUUUCUAUGCUUCUAUUUUGGAAGAAAUUUUUAAGGAUACCGCAAAAAAAAAAAUUACCUAUUUUAAAUCUGACAGUGUGUUUUUGAAGUACCCUACAACACUUCCAUGCCUACAUCAAAAAUGAGACACAUUAAAAAAAAUCAUUGUGAGUCUAGGACUCAUCUCUUCAACUGUACAACAUUUUUAUGUUGCAGCAUAUAAAGAAAUUACCAUAAUUACCUUUCCAAAGUACAUGUGGACAAUGUAAAUAGAAAUUUAUUGUUAACAGUGGUUCUUCCUUAUAUUUAAUCUUCUUGUAGAGUUAUCAGAAACAGUAUAGAGCCUGUAGUAUACUCACUGAUGCUGUAACUCAGAAGCACAAAAAAAAAAAAAGUGGGAAUAUGCUAAAUAUAGCGGCCCAAAUGUUCAAAACUGCUAACUAAAAUCCUAAGGGAAAACAUUGCAGGUGUCAUUUCAGUGACCAAAUGGCUUAUUAUAGCUGAGUUUGAGUGAGAUGAACUCUACAGGAACUAUUUUUUGUUGUUGUUAUUUUUUUUUCCUAUUGGCUUUGUUGAACAAUCUUUUUUUUGAGAGUACCAUAGUGUUUUAAAACUAACCUGACACUUGGGGUAAGUUAUAUCUGUCAACAGGAAAGAAAACUGGAUAGAAAGCCAAAAUCCUUACCAGGGAGUGGGGAUGCAUCUCCACUGACUGCAGUUUCCUCGGAGACAUUGUUACCAGCAGCAAAACUCUCACAGAUUGCAGUAGUGCAGCCCUGACCACUAAUGCAGUCGUUUGAGAAAAAGUUAAAAACGUGGUUCAUGAAGGUUGCCUUCAUAGAAACUGAAGUGUGUUUUGUAGUCAAGUGUGAGCCCUCUAUUAACGGGUUUCACUGCAGUUGUGAAAGUAAUGAAGCUGAGCAAGGUGGUAAACCUAGACCCCUCUGUCUAUGGUGACCUGAGCUCUUAGAGCUCACCAGCAGUACUGGAGUCUGUUUAUCCUCCUACAAAGUGGACUCGUCUCCACCAAAUGGAUGUUGGUGGUGCAUUUCUUCUCCCAUGUGUCUUUUAAGAGGGGAAAAAGUAAACUGUAAACUUUGUAAACAGUUUAGUCAUCCACUUUACAUUACCCUGUGAUCAGACAAGUAGACCAUAUAAUAAUUGAAUGAAAGAAGUAAAUAAUAAGGAAUGUAAAUAGAGCUUUUCUGUUAACAGGAACUAAAAUUUUAUUGAUUAUGGGGUGUUCAAGUAUAGCCUUUGGCCUGUCAUCAUUCAGGAUGGCCCUUGCAAAAAAACGAGAAAAGCCAAGUAACUGUAUUUAAUAGGAUUUAACCAGUAUUUCUACAGAAAAUUGAAUGAACUCAGCUUUUUGAUAUGCACAGAAUUCCAUCUUCUUCCACUGUCUUGUGUACCUCCUAUACGUCAUUUGGCCACAGUGUACCUUAAGCUGUUGUCUUUGUGCCAUGUGACAAUGUCAGGGGAUGCAGUGUGUAUUUAUCCAGUUUAUCCAAAGCCUAGUGCUCCCAUAUCCCUCGUGCUAUUGGAAGUGGAGGGAAGGCCAGAAUGGAAGAAAUGACCACACUACUUUGUAAGAGGCACGCGUUGGCCACCUGGGACAUCUUCCCGUGGAUACUACAGGAGAUUUCCUAGGAGAAUCUUUCUCAGUGUACUAUAGCACACUGUCCCUCCGAAUACCAAAAAUUUCCAAGAGGUCUGUUUGGAAAGCAGAGUAGAUCAUGGACGUUGCACACUGGACUCCAGAACUUUUGCUUGACCCAAAAGAUUAAGGAGGAAAGAAAUUUUGGUGAGUUUUUUCUUGUCUUCCUGAAACCUGCCAAUAGGGCUUGACCACACUGAAAUAGAAAGGGGUUUUGUGACUGGAACUGUUAUGAAUUGCAAUAGAGACAGCUGAAAAAAAUUUACCCUUGGUUUAAUUUAAUCCUAAUAUUGAAUAACAGGUUAGGAAAAUGGCAGCUGUGUUGAGAAGCCUAGGUGUAACAUAAUAUCUACUGAUGAUAUUAAUAAAGCCAAGGAUAAUCAAAAUUGUAGAAAUCUUACAGAACUGCAGAGCUAUGUGGCAGUAAGUUUAUGGCAGUUCAGUGCUAAGUGGGGAGAAUAGGAGGCGCUUCCCUUUGUAGUCUGGCAGUAGUAAAGCUUCUCCAUUUAUAUUUGGAGGAAAAAAACUCUAUAAACAAAAUUUCAUACUCGGUGAAAAGCCACAGGGUAAAAAAUUAUGGAGGUCAGUAUUAACCACCAAUCACAAACCCCAGAAAACUAGGAAAAAAAUUCAGGAAAAAAAUUGAAAUUAAUUUAAAGUUAAAUGACAAUAGCAUCUUUUUUUUCCUAUUUUUUUUUUCAAGAGCUUAUAUUUCUUUCACUGAGGGAUUCCAAAGUAUGUUUAUAUUGUUGUAAGGACCUAUACUGGUAUUCACUGACACCAAUAUGUGUUUUUCAUUUACUUCAGUCCACUUUAAACAGGAAGUUUAAAAAGGAAAAAUGUACCAUUUUGAAAGAGUCUGAUAUGCAUUAAUUUGUGCAGUUUUCAUAUGUAGAAUCAAGAUAUAGCUACUUUGGAGAAUGCUAGUGUGGUUAAUAGUUUCACCAUGUUCUGAGUAAAUCAGACUUCAAAAGUAGGUUUUUGCGACAUCCAAGGAAGUGAGAGUAGUGUGAAGUAUAGAACACCCUGUAGAGAUCUCUCUUUGCUAAUAUUAUGUACUGUUUUCUUGAGGGAAUGAAAAAUGCAGUUAAUGUAAAAUUGAUAGAAUUUGUAAACAUACUUUGUUUUCACAUGAAUUAAAUAAUGCAGUAGGUUUUUAUUUCAGAACUGAAUAGCAUUGUAUUCUAGUCUCUAACUUAUUGCAUCUACAAGUAUAUCUUACAUUUUCUUAUGCUUUUUGUAUUAUUCCACUAUAAAGGAUUUUAAAGCAAGCCAUUGCAGUUCACUACAUUUUUUGGUUGUAAUUCUAUUUUCAUUUUCAUGGAGAGGAACCGAGAACAUGAUGGCUUCUUCAAAAUAAAAAUAACAGCAGCAAAAAUAAAAAGCCUUGGAGAUUCCCUUUUUUAGAAAACCAUCCAAACUCCCAUCAAUUAUUGAAUGCUCUUCUUAAAUAAUAGCAUAGUUUUGGCAUUAAAAAUACUAAUGCUGUUGCAGCAGCCUUGAUACAUAUAUACAUGUAUCCAUAGAAAUAAUUCCCUAAAUUGUAAGGAGGCAAACUCAAAUGCACUUGCUAAUAGUCUUGUUUUGAAAGAGUACCCUUCUGGAUGGAAAACACUAUGUGAGGUAGGUGUUUUGUUUUGUUUUGUUUUGUUUUGUUUUUUUUUUUUUUUUUUGUUCAUCUAUUUUCAAGAAAAGUAUCUGUAGGAAAAGUAUAGUACUACUGAAUUAAUCUUCAACUAGCACAGAGAUCUGGGUUAUUUCAUGCUGGUGGUCUUUCUGUUGUUGAUCUCCUUCAACAUUUGCUUAGUGUUUUUUGUGAAUGCUGUAUCCAAGUUCCUGUUAAUUGACAUAGUGAUCUUUGGAUGAUCUGAUGGCAUGAAGAAACACUUAAGGAAAUAAUCAUUAUUUGUGAAUACAUUUUUAUCCUUGGAAGAAUGUUAACUGGGUAGAAGAAGCAGGUGACAGUAUGAAGCACUCAGCUGGACUUCUGAGCUUGAUGCAUUGCAAAAUUUAGUUGAUUACUACUUUGUCUUGCCUCAUCAUCCUGUGUUGGUGGCUCGUCUCCAUGGUGAGUAAAACUGCUAUGAAGACAGAAGACUCAGAAGUAAAGAACACGUUUCUUUAAAGUUAUUUCAAAAUACGAGAUAGUUAACCUUAUUACUAACAGUAACUUCACAGUAUGCUUUAUAUUUGCAAAUUUUAAAAUCUCCUUCUCUGUUAGAGUGUACUAGGUUGUCAAAUGAAUAAGAAGAUACUUGUCAUAAAUACACGAUUCUGUAUGUCUAUGUAUUUCAUUUUUUAUUUAUUUCUGGCAACAUUCUCUAUCACCAGAGCAGUGGUGGAGGUUUGAGGCAUUUCAGAUAACCAGAGUUCUCAAGCAAUUACACAAAAAUAUUUGUUUCAUAGGUACAUGCCUUUGCAAAUCAAUACCAGCAGUGCUUUCAUGGUGGAAAUUAAUCCACUUGUGAAAAAUCCUGGCCUUGAGUACUUAACCUGUAUUUGAAAGGCUGAUGAAGUAUAUUGGGCAUGGCAGGACUCAGGGCAUGUUUUAUUCUAAGAGGCUUCUGGGUUGGAGCUGGAUUAUGUCCUGCUGUGCUCUGAAGCAGUCUGCACUAGAGAGACUAUAAGCAGAAUCCAUGUUUUUUUGUGGCUCUUUUUUAAGACUCCACUGUAAAACUAUAUUACUGCUGAAUGUACUGCUCUCAUCUUCUUCCUUAUUGUCUUGCUUUGUGUGGGGAGAAGUAUUUCAGUGCUUGUGGUGAGCAGGCUGAAAUAACUUGUCUAGCUAAAACCCAAGUUUGUCUUGUUGACUUUUGGCUGGUUAAUAGCAGUGGAAUGUGUAUGAUCUGGCUCCCUGUCCUAGUGCUGAUACAAAGGAGGGGGUGAGAAGGCUGGAUUGAUGCUUUGAGCUGGAUUAAAGCUGGUGUGAAACCACAGUCUGAGGAUUCUCAUCCUACCUCCACUGGCAUUAAAACAAAGGUGGUCUCAGGUUUUUUCAAACCUCUGGUACCCCCUGUGGUCAUUUUUCCUCCACAAAGGUAAUUUUUUGAAUUGUAUCUAUGACAAAAAAUGGAGAAAAAAAGUAGAAGCAGGCCAGAGUUUACGAAAGAGCCAAAAUCAAUGAAGUUAUUUGAAGAGAGAGAAAAGAAAGAGAAGGGAAAACAUGAGUAUGGACGAAAAAUGUUGUUUCUUGCUACCAAGCAGUUAUUUUAAGAUAUGUCCUAUUAGAGGUACUAGAACUGCCUCUGGCAGGAAACAGGCUAGAAAUAAUUAUUUCUUAAUUAUAAGUAUAAUGAGAAAGUAAUAAAGGAAAGUGUCUAAUGUCUUGUUAUAAACAUUUGUGUUUCAUUGAAGCUGUUUUCAAAAAAUGGUAUUUUUAUUAUCAGCCAGGAAGAAUUAGGAGACAGAAUGGUAGGGAAAAAGAUUGAGUUUUAUUAAGUAUAACUGUUUCCCUUGUUUUAGAACAUUUUUCAACCAAAAAUGUAAACAGUAACAUUUUUUUAAUCUUUCUGGAACUGUAUAUAUUUAAUCUUCAGUAAUGAAGCACUUUAGAAUGUUUAGCAUUUAACUUGCUUUAUGUUUAAGAGACUAAAUAUCAUUGCUGUCUCUGAUUUAAUUCAGUUAUUAGAGGGGAUGGUGGGAAGUAAAAGCUUUCAUUAUAGUAACAGCCAUUUUUUGAAGUGUCAUGCCUUCCUCCUAAAUCUGAAGACUUCAUUCCUGUACCUGAAUUCAUGGGACCUGUUUAGUGCUGAGCAUUUCUGAUAAUCCAGUCAGUGCUACAGCUUGUGGAGUGCAGCUGCAUUUAAAUUUGGCAUGUCUGAAAAUGUAUGUCCACAACCUUGGGCACUUGCACAGUGUGGAUCCCAUGAAAGGCAAAGAUGUGCUUGUAACCCACCAUAUGGGUCUGUGAGAGCUGUUACGCUGCUCAUGUGGGAGAAGAUAGAAUCUGUGGUCAUAAACAAAGGAUAAGGACAGUGAGAAUGCCUCUUUUAGAGACUGUGCAGAUCUUAUAUUGAAUUAAGGCUCUUAUGGAAAUGCCCCCUAAACUCUUUUCCAAGUAGGCAGCUUAGGAACAAGCUGAGUGCAAUGUGGAAUUCAACUCCAACUGCCAAUCCUGCAUAAGGAUCAGCACAGUUAAUCUGUCCUAAGGUUUCUGAUGCUGUGGCUAGAAGACUGGAAAGAUGUGAGGUAGCAACUGCUGCCAGCUGGAAGACAUUCAUGUUGCUGUUGGCAUUCAUGUUGAUGUAUGGCAUCAGGGUCUUUGGCAUACUGGGAGUGGGAUGGAAAAUGCUUUUUUGGAGUACAGAAUAGGGCAGAAUGAAAACUCUUCCUUUGGCUCAGCACUGCUCAUAUUCACUGUAACAGCACUGAACAUUUAAAAGGAGGACUAAGGUGUAUUGCAGUCUUCUCCUCACAUGUCUGCUAAAUGUUCUGAUGUGGAAUGUGGUGGGAGUGACAAGUACAUGUCUGGUAAUGAAACAGAACAUCUUUAGUAGUGCUGCCUGGUAGUACCCUCAACCUUAUGCCAGCAGCCUGUGACCCUUCCCAGAAGCAGAACUGCAUCACUGAUUUUUUUUUGGUGUGUGUGGGCCCCUACCACCUCUCCUGUAGCUUAAACGUUGGAAAAAGGUGUUUUCUCUUUGAUGCUCACUUCUCCGUUUUGUUGUGUAUUUAUGAAGAAGAAAAUCAAACUGAAUUUUUCUUUGGUUUUUAAUUUAUUUUUUUAAGAGGCUUUCUCACCUGCACACAUGGAAAUCACAAGCUCCAUUGCAAACUUUAGGAAGGUAGCAAACUCUUCUAAGCCAACUUCAGGAGUCUCUCUAUGCUUAUAUUAAAAAGAUAACUUUUGUUUUCAAAUUAAUUUGGAGAAUAUUUGGUUAAAACUUUAUAAAUUUUAAAUAUAAAAAUAUUUUCUCUCUACUGAAAGUGUGAAUUUUAUUUGUAGCCAUUUCACUUAGGAAGAUAAGGCACAAUGAAUGUGUGUGGGUUUUCUCUUAAGCUAGUUAAUAUAUGUCAUGGUGGAAAAGAUGCUUAGCUGUGUGAUAUUCAGUAGCCAUUUCAUAAGUACAUGGGUGGUAUUUUUUUUUAUUUUUGUGAAGAUGAUAUACAAACAGAAGGUGAGAAAACUCUGUAGAGAGAUUUUAAAAGGCUACUUCUCACUUUCUCUCUGGAUAUCAUAUGCAUAAGUAUAGUGAAAUCAGGUAAGAAAAAAUAUGUGAAUAAAAGAAAAGACCUUUUUUGAUCUUUCAGCUAGUCUUACUAAGUAUGGAAGUUUACAGCUUCCCUGUAUGCUUCCAAGUUUUCUCUCUGCUGUGCCAUGGGGGAAGUGCAGAAGGUCAUGCCUUUUCAAAUAAGAUCUAGGAAUUUUUAGGUUCAGUUCAUCAGUCCAGUCAGAAGGACACUCGGUGCUGGCCUUGCUGAGUUGGGAACGUGGUUUUGUAGAUCUAAAUUUUGUCUUUAUGGAGCAAUCUGCUCAGCAGGAGAAGGUAUCCCAGUUCUGGGUCAGAACAGUUGAGGCAUUUUGCUGAGGUAAAAUGCGAGAGUUGAAUUAGGCUUAUGGGCUGCUCAUUAGCUAUUUAAACCCCCCCAAAUUUAUAAUCUAAACCCACGCUUUGGCAUGUUCUGGUACUUUUGCGCUGCUUUGAUUUGUUCCAGAUCUGUCUCUGACUUUGCUCCCUUGCCUUGUGGCUGAGGUGGGGAGCAGCAGUUUCAAGGAUGGCAUGGGAUUCACAUGCCUUCCCUUCAACCAUGAGCUCUCUCUGCAUCACAUCUCCAUCACUGGGGGGACGGCAGAGUCUGAGCAGGGAGAGGGUGUGCACCCAUGCCACUGAAGAUAAACUCUGGCAGUCAAGCAGCAAGGCACAGAGUGGGUAGAGUUGGAGUCCUGAAUUAAUAGUGUUUAAGGAUUGUUUUCUGGAUUUCAAGAUCCUGUGCUAGUGCAGUGGCAUAAACCACUUUGGUUGCUUGAAAUACAGGUCAGUUGUAGAGCAGACAAAGGAUUUUCUGGUUUCUAAAUUUUCUGACUGAGUGCUAGGACUGCCAGCCUGCUCACGCUGUGUGCUGCUGUGGCAAGGACCCUCAGACUUGAGUGUUUGUGAAGAGUGUUGCAUCACUAGCAAACAUACAGAACAGCGACAGUGUACUAAAAGGCUGUCUGCAGACAGUAUUUACUUGCUGGUAAUAAGUCAAUAAGCCCUGCUAGUGGUCGCCUUGGGUUCCUUUUUUCUCCUCUUCACCUUUACCUACCAUCCUUGCACUCUGCCAGUUCUGAUAUUCCAAAUUGCUGAGGCAACUUUGUGAGCUGUUAAAAUUGGUCUAUCUAAUGAAUGAUGUGAAAUACCCUUUUGCUCUCAACUCACAGUUGAGAGACAGGCUGGGAGAUAUCAAUUAAUUCAAAGUUUAAGACCUGUACCAACUGAGGAACGAAAAAAAAGAAAAAAGGGGAAUUUCUGUGUGAGGUGUAGCAGCUGCUAUAUCUGUGUGUAAUUUUUAAGAUGGAAAGAAGUAAAAAAAAUCAAGAAUAUAGUAUUCAGAGAUAUUUUAAUUUACUAUAAGCUCUUCUUUUCCUGAGAAGCCCUGUCCACUGUGACCAAAGCAUUUGGGUUUAGGCUUAAACAUUGUAAGGAAGACUCCCAGUGAAAAAUAUGAAGCUUCUGGAAGUAUUUUUAUUUUCCUGUAAAAGUAGUGGCAUGCAGAAAAUCUACACUAAAGCAAGCAAUGCUUCUUUAACACCCUCUAUAGAAAAGUCCUAAAUCCCCUAACUUCUCUGUCAAUAAUGUAACUACUUCUGCAAUAUGUAACUGUCCUAGAUGCAUGUUGCAAGAGUUUCUGUGCCAUGUCAGAUUCUGUUUAUCCCUUUGUAUUGGCUCAUACAUGCAGAAAAACUGAAAGGAAAUCAAGGCAAGGGAAGUCUUGAGGUUGAAUUCUUUUACACCAUUCCUGGUGCACAUUUUAGUUGCAUGGAAAAAACAUGGCUGGAAGGAUUGGAAGAAUCAGAGGUUAACUAAAUUAUUUGAAUGCAUAUGUUCAAUGCUGGUCACCUGACUAUACUAACAAACUUAAAAGGUGGUUUGAUAGGUGUCAACUUGUUUUGCUAUUGUGCAGCUUAACUGUUACCUUCCUGUAUUAUGAACAUCUAUGUAUUUGGAAAAUAAAUCCAUCUUGCAAGAAAGAUUGUGCAAAAAAUUGUUCCUAUUAUACUCCAAUGUAUAUUGCUAAUGUCAAAUAAAAUACAAUUGUGAGAGUUCUUAAA